AUGCAUCCAGAACGCUCCGAGGCGCAGAGCCCAGACUACUGUAAACACGGUGGAAAUGUCGAUCCAAUAUGGCCGCUGAGUCAUCCAGCUUUCGGUCGCCAUUUUGGAGCAAGCCAAUUUCGGAGUAAUGUUGUCUGGACUGAAUACUCCUCUGGUCUCCACGUCGUUUCCAUGAAGUUGCUGAAUCUCAUUGUCUCCCUGAAAGAUCGAGAGUUUGAUGAAACUGUAUAUGCAGAUAGGGCGGCUUUGUUGAGUGAUUUAUUCGCUAUGACUCGAAGAGAACCAGACAGUGGCAUAUGCAUGCUAGAUCUUGAUGAUUCAGUCAGUAAUUUGCGGCAGUUGUCUUUACCAAAUGCUCCUAGUCUGUAUAAAUCAUCUGACUGUCAACAAUGUGGUUCUUACGCCGUGCCCGUCUCUACAAUAAAUAUUGACAGUCAGUCAGUUCUGUUCUAUCGACAGAAUUUCACUGUCUUACAACAGGCAGUCGAAUUCUACCCAACGUUGAAGAAACUCCCCUGUACUGUGGAAGAUUGCAAGAGAAUGUUUUCGAUCAAUUGUCAUGCUAAUUUUCACAUUUUUAUAAAUUUGGAAAUAAAAAUGAGAGAACGUUCCCAGAAAACAAUGCAAUGCAAACUAAGAGAGAUACCAACAUCUUUAACUCGUGAUAUGACAUACAGGCUGGCGGAAGUCAUCGCUCAUUCACAGGAAGGAUUUGUUGCUUAUUGUUACCGACGCAGUGAAUCGACUGCUUGGUGGGAGUUAUACUCAAGUUAUCUGGGAGGAGUUAAAUCUCCUGAUCCUGGUGAGAGUCCAGAGUGGGAGGAAGAGACUUGA